GGGGUCCCUUUCCCUUCACAGACCACCCUGGUGCUCCAUUCCACACCCUCUGCUCAUGAGGCCAUGAGGCACCAGCUGGCCUAGGGUCAGGUCACCCCUCCUUGCCCCUCCCCAGUCCAGGGAUUCCCUGCUGCCAAGGGUCUGGGAGCAGAGAAGGCACUGGAGGGACCCAGUCCCUGACCCAGCCCCCAUUGGCUGCACCCUCUGCAAGGUCUCAGUGUCCUGGACUGACCCCAGAUGAUUCCCACUGCACAGAUGGGGCAACUGAGGCCUGGGGAAGCGGAGUGGCUGGCCCCUGGCCACACUGGAAGACCCCUCACCCUAUGGAAACUCCUGCUCCUGCUGUGGACCCUCCUGAACUGUGGUUUGGAGAGCAGUGCUCAGGGGCCAGGAGAGUGGACACUAUGGGGUUCCUGGAGCCGCUGUUCCAGCUCCUGUGGGCGGGGGCUCUCCGUACGCAGCCGGCGCUGCAUCCGGUUUCCCAGGGAGGAGCUGUGCUGGGGGGACACCCAUGAGUACCGCCUCUGCCAGUUGCCAGACUGUCCCCCAGGGGCCAUGGCCUUCCGAGACAUCCAGUGUGCCCUCUACAAUGGCCAGCCUGUCCUCAGCCUCCAGAAGACUUACCAAUGGAUACCCUUCUAUGGCGCGCCCAACCAGUGUGACCUCAACUGCCUGGCCCUGGGGCAUGCCUUCUACCAUAGCUUUGGCCGCGUCCUGGAUGGCACUCCCUGCAGCCCGGGUAGCCAGGGACUCUGCGUUGGGGGACGCUGCCUAAGCGCCGGCUGUGAUGGUUUGAUGGGUUCAGACGCCCGCGAGGACCACUGUGGACGCUGUGGCGGCGCCAACGACUCGUGCCUCUUCGUGCAGCGCGUGUUUCGUGACGCCGGAGCCUAUGCCGGGUACUGGAAUGUGACCCUGAUCCCAGAGGGCGCCAGACACAUCUACGCCGCCCAUCGGAGCCGCAACUACUUGGCGCUGAUUGGGGGCGACGGGCGCUACGUGCUCAACGGCAAGUGGGAGAUCAGCCCACCCGGGACCUACGACGUGGCAGGCACCCGCGUAGUCUACACCCGCGCCACAGGGCCAGAGGAGACACUGCGUGCGGCGGGACCCACCACCCAAGACCUGCUUCUGCAGGUCCUCCUGCAGGAGCCCAAUCCCGGCAUUGAGUUCGAGUUCUGGCUCCCUCGGGAACUCUAUGGCCCCUUCCAGGAGCAGACACAGGCCCUGAGCCUGUCCCUGAGGCAGCCACAGCCUCUGGAGGUGGAACCCCAGUCUUCUGAGCCCAACAAAGCCCCGGCUUUCCCCACACGGACCCCAAACCCCACCCCAGAUCCCUGCCCACCCUGUCCCGACACCCGCGGUCGUGCCCACCGGUUGCUCCACUAUUGCGGCAGUGACUUUGUGUUCCGAGCUCGAGUGCUGGGCCACCUCCGCCAGGCCCAGGAGACCCGCUAUGAGGUGCGUGUGCAACUUGUCUACAAGAACCGCUCACCACUGCAGGCCCUUGAGUAUGUAUGGGCACCAGGUCGCUGCCCCUGCCCACCAAUGUCCCUCCAUCGAGAGUACCUGCUGGCUGCCCAGCGCCUCGUCAGUCCCGAUGGCACUCAGGACCGGCUGCUGCUGCCCCACGCAGGCUAUGCCCGGCCCUGGAGCCCCGCCGAGGACAGCCGUGUACGCCUGGCUGCUAGACACUGCCCUGUCUGAGCCGCUAGACAGGGUCUCACCCACACAGCAAGGAAGUUGUGCCUGACCAGGCUCAAACUCAGCUUAUUUCCCCUCUUGCCCUGGCUUCCAGGGAGCUCAGAAAUAUCUCCCACCACAACUCUGUGACUCUCCAUCAUAUAUACUUAUACACCUUCACAUGCAGUUAGAUCCACUGUUGUGAGUAGGCAGGCAAUGAUGAAAACACAUUGAGUUGCUUCUUUAACUCUUAUUUCCUCUCUCAUCAUGGCUUUCAGGAAACUCAUAGCUAUCUUAUACUCAAGAACUUUAUGUCUGCUUUUAUUCCCCUUGCCUCACCUUCAUUUGCUUAGAGAAGCUCUCAUAAGCAAGCAGGGCCCAGAAGACAUACCUAAGCAGACACUGUGAUGUACCGGCUUCCCUCCUUGCUUUGUCUGCCAGGAAAGUCAUCACUGUAUAACUCCCUGACACUCUACUCUCUCUCCUCACUGCCAUUUGCCCACACACGCUAAUAUGCUCCGAGACAUUGUCACAGACACGCCCCCUGGAAGACAUGCCUAACCGGGCACUGUACUGUACUAACUUCCCCCGAUGCGCUGAGUACCAGGAAGUUCAAAGAUAACCUAUUUUUUUUCUUUCAA